CUUUGUUUUUCUGUCUUACAGAAAGAAUGGUUAUGUCUCAACUGCCAGACCCAAAGAGCUCUCUCUGGCCAGCUGGGCGAUAUGCCCCCUCCACCAUCUCCUGUGAAGAAGCAACUACCCACACCUACCCCUACCCCUCCUGCCUCCCCUGCCAAUGUCCCUGCCUCCCCAGCUGCUGCUGCUGCUGCUGCCUCUCCAUUAGCAAGAAGCCUCUCAGUCACUCAGGCAGAGGCAGCAGCAGCAGCAAAGGAAGACACCCAGCCGCUUCCCAUGUCCAAGGUAGUAGCAGAACGCACCCCGCCCCAAACACCAGACUCUGCGUCUGCAAACACAGACACCACACCCAUCCCACCUGAGCAUGCCACCCCUCCCCCUGAUAGUGUCCCAGAGGAGAAAGAACCAGAGCAGGCUGAAACGAUGGAAGCUAUAUCUGAGACUAUACUGGAUGAGCCUGUGCCAGAGAGUGGAGUGGAGAGUACUGUCAAGGCCCAGGCAGUGGAGAAAGACCCAGAGCAGGCUGAAGCGAUGGAAGCUAUAUCUGAGACUAUGCUGGAUGAGCCUGUGCCAGAGAGUGUAGUGGAGAGUACUGUCGAGACCCCGGCAGUGGAGAAAGACCCAGAGCAGGCUGAAGCGAUUGAAGCUAUAUCUGAGACUAUGCUGGAUGAGCCUGUGCCAGAGAGUGUAGCGGAGAGUGCUGUUGAGGCCCCGGCAGUGGAUCAUCCAGAGAGUAUGCCAGAGAAAGUUACAGAAGAACAGUCACCACCCGACACUACUCAGGCAGAAUCAGAUAUCCAGCCUGCAGUUGUAGAGGAGCCUGGCAUUGCUCCUCCUGUAGAGAAUGAGUCAGAAAAGCCUGUUGAGGCAGCACCCGAGCCAACUCCAAGCCCAGAUACAGUGCAGAGUGAGUCUACAGCAGAGGAGAUCUCACCGGCUCCCUCUGCAGGUAGUGAGAAAGAGGAGCCCAUUCUAGAGAAGGUUCUUGAAGAGGAAGCUAAGCCGGUAGAGCCAGAGGUGAUUCCAACACCUGAAACGGUCACACAGGAAACUACUGUCCAACCUGACCAAUCACCAGAGCCUGUACCGCCAGCUCCUGUAGUCACUGAGGAGGAAGGGAAAGCAGUGGUGAUUGAGGAAGAACCUAGCCAGCCACCUAAAGCUGAGGAGACAGCUCCUACAACUCCUGCAGUCACCGAGCAGCAGGAGAAACGUAAAGAGCCAGAGCCUCAAGCAACUACUGUUGAACAGCCUCCAACUGAGGUGUCUUCAGUACAUACAGGUCCAGUAGCAGAGAGUUCAGCUGUGGAGACGGCUGUGGAGACUAAGAUGCCAGAGGUGGCUCCUGCUCCACCAGUUAAGGUUGUAGAGAAUUCGGCCUCAGCUCCCAAAGCUCCUAAUGAGCCGGUAGAGGAUUGUGCAUCUCCCAAACCAGCAGAGCUAGAGCCUGUGCCUUCACAAAAAGAGGAGGUGCCACCUGCGGUAGAAGAAACUCCCCCUGUAGUUGCUGAGAAUGAACAGCCUAAAGAGGUAGAGACCAUUCCACAAACUGAGGCAAUUGAGUCUGUAGCCCCAUCUACUCCUCUAAUUACUGAUAAAGUUGAGGAGAAGCCUGUGGAGAAGGAGGCAGAGCCAAUUCCGCCAGCCCAAGUUGAGGAGAAGCCUGUAGAGGAGCCAGCCCAAGUUGAGGAGAAGCCUGUAGAGAAGGAGGCAGAGCCAAUUCAGCCAGCCCAAGUUGAGAAGAAGCCUGUAGAGAAGGAGGCAGAGCCAAUUCAGCCAGCCCAAGUUGAGGAGAAGCCUGUAGAGGAGGCAGAGCCAAUUCCGCCAGCCCAAGUUGAGGAGAAGCCUGUAGAGAAGGAGGCAGAGCCAAUACCGUCAGCCAAAGUUGAGGAGAAACCUGUAGAGAAGGAGGCAGAGCCAAUACCGCCAGCCCAAGUUGAGGAGAAGCCUGUAGAGAAGGAGGCAGAGCCAAUACCGCCAGCCCAAGUUGAGGAGAAGCCUGUAGAGGAGGCAGAGCCAAUUCCGCCAGCCCAAGUUGAGGAGAAGCCUGUAGAGGAGGCAGAGCCAAUACCGCCAGCCCAAGUUGAGGAGAAGCCUGUAGAGAAGGAGGCAGAGCCAAUUCCGCCAGCCCAAGUUGAGGAGAAGCCUGUAGAGAAGGAGGCAGAGCCAAUUCCGCCAGCCCAAGUUGAGGAGAAGCCUGUAGAGAAGGAGGCAGAGCCAAUUCCGCCAGCCCAAGUUGAGGAGAAGCCUGUAGAAAGUGAGGCAGUAGUAAAGAAAGUACCAGAGACUUCUCCUGCACCUCCUGCUGCUAAACCAGAAAACGUUAGCCCUGAGAGAGAUUACGAAAGGACAGAGUCAGAAACAGGGGUUGAACCCAGCACAGAAGUCAAAGCCGACAAGUCAGUUUCACCAUCCCCUUUUGAGAAAAAAGUCCCUGAACAGCUCCCAGAACCUGAACCACAAUCAGCUAAAGUUGAUCAGAUCCCACCUCAGGAGGCUGUAGAAGCUCCAGCACCAGUAGUAGAAAAAAAGACAGAUGAAACUGAAACUGAGGCUGGAGCAGAACGUGUAGGUCAGAAAGACGAAAAUCUGGCAUCUGUGGAUACAAAGGUUGAACCAGAGGCAACAGCAGAUAAUAAGGCUGAAAAAGCCCAGGAUAUGUCUACUCCCCCUGUUUCUGAAGCUAAAGAGCAAGAAAAGGUCAAAGCAGAGCAUUUAGAACGAGCUAUAGAGGCAGCGUCACUAUCAUCUGCUGCUAGUGAGCCACAAGCCCCUGAGAACGUUUCUGAGGAGAAACCCACACAGGAAGGGAAAGAAGCUGGCAGCAUAGCUGAAAAUAAACAAGAGGUGUCUAUAGCUGAGAGUAGGGAGCCAACUCCUAUUGUGUGUGAUGAGAAAGCAGUGCAAGAGAAAGAAUUAUCCAAAGAUGAAUCCGAGCAAACUCCAAAGACAGACUCUGUGUCUGAGAGCAUUCAGCCAGAGAAAGAGAAAGUGGUUGUGUCACCACCUGUAGUUAGUGAAAAGCAGGAACCUAUUUCAGUAUCAGAGGUGAAAGCUGUGAGUGACAGAGAGGGAGGCGUAGAAGACAAAACACUACCAGAGCAGACUAAAACAUCUGAAACUCUAUCUGAAAAUGUGUCUAUUGCCCCAGCCCCUGUAGUAGAACCUGACACCCUAGUCCUUGUAGUUGGUGAACAGGACGAAGACAAACCCCUGAAUGAAGUGAAGUCAAUGCCUGAAAUUCAAGGGAUAAUAGAGGCUGAACUGGAUGCAGUUGGAGAGGCAACGCUGAAAGACCCUGGAGAAAAAAACACAGUCGCUAAGGAUAUCAGUCCCACCAGCCCCUCAGACCUUGCCAAGCUGGAGAGCACUGUCCUUCCCAUACUAGAGGCCCAGGCUACACAACCAAAGGACAAUUCAGACAAACUGACCGACUCACUCAAGACCAGACGCAAACUUGUGGUGCUACCCCUCUCACCUGAAUCUCCCAGCACAGAGGAUGACCCAGAACUCUCAGAGAAGAAGGACGCCUCAGCAAAGAAAAAGCUGCUGGUGCCGACAGACAUCAGGGGUGACUCGUUGGAGGACAGCAGUGAGAGCUUAGGGAAAGAUAGUCCCGUGUCAGGGGAUGACGAAGACUUAAUUCGUAAACAGAUCAUGGAGAUGAGUGAGGAUGAGGAUGCUUCGCCGUCCGACGAAGAAAACCUCAUCCGGCAAAAGAUCCGAGAUCAUGAGAGGAAACGAUUGGAGCAGGAGAAAGGGGAGGGGAAGGAGAGAAGCGCAAUGGCAAAAGGCAGGCGGCUCCUCAAGAAGAACACCAUCAGCCCUGAGGACGAAGAUGAGCGGAAAAUCUCACUGGAUAAACCUGACAAGGCAUGGAAAGAGGGAUUGGAACCCAAAGUCUCAGACUCUCAGGAAGGGGAACAGCCUUCGGCAGAUAGAGUUGUGGCGGUACGCCAAUUCAGAACCAUCGAGCUCAACACGACUACCAACCUUGUGCGCAUACCGGGUACGUCAGAUGAUGGAGAGCUUGAGAUGGAAAGCCUCACCAACUCUCCUGAUGAUCGCUCCAGGGGCGAUGGGUCCUCCAGCCUGCACGCAUCCAGCUUCACCCCUGGUACAUCGCCUACAUCCCUGUCCUCUUUGGAUGAGGACAGUGACAGCAGUAGUCCCAGCCGCAUGCACAGUGGCGAGGGGAAACAGCACAGGAAAGCGAAGCAUAGACAACAAGGCCAAGGUCUACCCACCAUCGAAGACUCUUCUGAGGAAGAGGAGUUACGAGAGGAGGAGGAUCUGCUAAGAGAACAGGAGAAGCAGAAAGGCUCUGGGAAGAAGUCGAAGAAGGACAAAGAGGAGAUCCGAGCUCAGAGGAGGCGGGAGCGUCCCAAAACGCCGCCCAGCAACCUCUCUCCUAUUGAAGAUGCCUCCCCGACAGAAGAGCUGAGGCAAGAGGCAGAGAUGGAGGAGUUCAGGCGAUCAUCCUUAUCCGAUUUCUCUCCCAGCAUUGAGUCAGAACCAGAGGGAGUUGAGAUCAAUGCUGCAAAGAUUGCAGCAGUACAGAAAGUAUACCAACUUCCUACAUCUGUUUCUCUCUACUCUCCAACAGCUGAUCAAGGUGCUAAUAAAAGCCCUGAAAAACGAGCCCUGAAAACUGCAGACGAAGCCUACGAAGAGAUAAUGCUAAAGGCUAAAACACCCACAAGGGAAAAGGUGGACCCCCCUCCGGGGAAAGAGUCCCUCUAUGGUGGGAUGCUGAUAGAAGAUUAUGCCUUUGAGUCCCUUGUUGAAGGAAAUGGAAAGAAAGUCCAGCAGCAGGAGCCUGAGAAAAUCUCAGUGCCAGCUCAGCCCAAAAUACUGAGAUCUCCAGAUGAGGUUUACGAAGACAUGAUGGAGAAGAAGAAAGAAUUCAUGCAGCUGGAGCAGGAACUAAAAAAGGCACAGUCCAUGUCAGAUAGACCCACACCAAUGAUUGUAUUGCAACCCACUGAGCCAACCAGCUCCAGGAGUGUUACAGUUACUAUAGGCAAGGAUGGGAAACCACUGCUCGAUGCUGAGGCUGCGUAUGAGGAACUCAUGAAGAAAGUUCUGACUCCUGGGACUAGCCCGACACAGCAGGGUCCUGAUAUAUCUGGGGCGGCCCCUGGUGGUGAGUUCGAAGGUACUGAAUCCAGAAGGGCUCUGCGUCCCAUACCAGACCUGAGGGUUACACAGUGCUCUUCAGGGGAGGAGGACGCUGAUGAAGAGGCCACUGAGACCAAAAGUCAAGAUAAGCCAAAGACUUCAUCAGACAAUCCUAAAGUUGAUCAGGCACCCUUAACAGCUGCUGCAGAAACUGAGUCCAAAUCAGUUGCUUGCAAGGUCCCCCCAUCAACAACUUCAGACCAACCACAGACCCACAUUGAAUCUUCCCAGACUGACCAGCCUCUGGACAUAACCCAACAGGAUGUCAUGGACUUGUCUAGUAUGAAGUCCUCAGCCCCUGCUGUUGCCAGUGUAUCGCCCUUACCCACCGUCCCUCAGUACACCCCCACUGUUCACAGUGUAGUGUCAACCACCCCACCAGUGCCCCCCAAACCAGCCAUCCUGCACAGGGCUCUGUCUCAGGAAAAAGCAGAUAUUCCUGAACCCCCUCCACUGCCCCCUCCCACCAUGCCAAAGCCAUCGGUUUACCCCAGGAAACCCCCUGUACCGCUUCCAUCUCAGGCUAUAAUCAGGUCAGAACAUGUUGCCAUGACAACAGCCCAAGGGUCGCCGGUAAGACAACCUCAUGUCCCCCCACCGGUUCCUCCAAAGCCAGCCAUCCCUGCUGGAAUGGGGUAUAGCCACAGGCCAGGGGAAAACGUUAAACCACCCCUUGCUCCAAAACCUGUCUCUCAGCCUGGCUCUCCUGCCCACAUCCAAUAUCCAAGACCCACUGCCCUCCACACAGGCCAUGCUGAUGUAGCCCUGAAUCUGAGCCCCUCAGCUGAAAGCAGGCCAGGUCACUUCUCAGGUCAUUCCUCGGGUCACUCCUCGGGUCACCCAUCCCCCACUUCUCCGCGAUACGGCAAUCGACACGAAACUUAUGUGGUUAUAACUCUGCCAUCCCAGCCCAGCUCUCCAGUGGAAGGGAUCACCACCCAGGCCCCAUCCAGUCCAGGUCCAGCAUCUCCCUCAAGACAUGCCCAACCUCCACCUCAACCUCAAACACAGUAUCAACCACAACCUCAACCCCAGAAACAACCACAGCCACCUCCACCACACACAAAUAGGGUGCCCCUGGCAUUCACUCGCAUCACUGAGUCCAUGGAAAGUCAAGAGAUAUGUGGACCAGAGAAAGUUGUGUCAAGCUCCUGUCAUGUCAUUGAGGCUAUUUCAGCAUCCGCUCCACCCCCAGAGGUCAGGUUAGGACAGGUCACUCAGUUUGUGACGACAGAAGUUCAAAGAACCAUGGUGUCUGUCCGACACGAAAGGUCGCCGCCCCCACCUCCAGCCCCAAGAGCGAACGGUGUUCCAAUCUCACUGGAGAAACCUAAACCACAACAGACACAGAGUCCACAGGGCUACCAGCCAGGGGAGGUAGUAGACCUUCGUACCAUGAAGGUGAAUUCAGAAUCGGCCAUGAAAGUGGUGGAUCUGUCUUCGUCAGAUGUUAGACGUCAGUCCUUGGCCACAGACAUCAACGGUCGUCAGACAAGCGCAGUGCAGUCCCUAGUGGUGAAUCUCAGCACUGAGUCAACCAGUGUUUCCAUAGUGACUGACAGCAUCACUAUAGUUACAUGUGCUGCCACCAUACAAAGUUACGAAAAUACCAACAUAUCCCAAGUCCCUUCUCUGCCCCUUCAGCUUACAACCACAAACAAAGCCUUCGAGCCUGUUUGUCAGAUCAUCUAUCGGCCCAUUGAUGCACAGCCCACAACCAGCAACAAUGCUGAGAUCCCGAUGAACCUUUCUGUAGGACCUGGCACAGGCUUAGGGACAUUCCAGACACCUGUCACUAUCGCCCCUACCCCUGUCCCAGGGUGUGUGGCUAAUGGUCUGAGCAGCGGGAUGCCGACAGUAGCGGGUGCGGUGGACCUUAGCACAGCCAAACCCUUCAACACAGUGGUUUCGGUCGACGCUUCCUCCGCAGAAGUGGUCAUGGCUGUGAUCACAGAGGAGGAUGGGAAGCCUGUGGACCUGACGGCUGGGAGAAGAGCCAUCUGCUGUGAUGUUGUCUACAAGCUGCCAUUUACAGGUAGCUGCACCACCCAGCAGCCCACUACUCCAUUGCCCGAAGACCGCUUCGGCUACCGAGACGACCACUACCAAUACGACCGCUCACCCUACAACAUGAGGGGCUUCGGUGGCAUCAAACCCUCCAUGUCCGACACCAAUCUGGCUGAGGCUGGGCUUUUCCUCUAUAAGAGCAAGAACAGUUACAAUUUCCAUGGCACCACAGAGGGUGCAGUAGACCUGACAUCCUCCAAGACAUCUGAUGCAGGUGUAGCUUUGGACUUCUCCACCAAAGGCUCAGGGUUAUAUUCAGGAAUGAUAAUCCCCCCAUAUUCCCAAGCCAGAGUCAAAGGAGCUGUUGGGACACACUUUGGCACGAGCAGUGUCCUGAGAUCCUCCAAUGGGGUGGUGUACUCUUCAGUCUCAGUACCAGUCCCAUCCACCUACGCCAUCACCACACAACCUGGGUCCAUAUUCAGCACCACUUACAACUCCCUGUCAGCGGGCAUGCACACCAGCGACACCAUGCCAUCCCUGUCCACUCUCCAGAACCAGCCCAUGACUCGGUCCCACAGCUUCAUUUCCACCACCUCUGCAGACGAUCAAGGGGACGUCCCCCUCAACCUGGAGCUCGCUAAAGAUGGCAUAUCCACCUCCGCGGCCCUCACCACCAAAACGGUCACCCUGGCCCUGGAAAGGCUGGACUCGUACACGGACGCGUCCCUGGAGGCUAUCGCCGCCUCGCUGGAGGCCCUGUCCUCGCCCUGUGUGCCAGGGGAGGGCCAGUACCAGAUGCAGCGUGAGAUUCUGGAGAUGGAGAAGUUCAAACAGCAGCGGUUGGCUGAAGAACUGGAGUGGGAGCGUCAGGAGAUCCAGCGCUUCCGCGAGCAGGAACAGAUGCUGGUGCAGAAGGAGCUGGAGGAGCUGCAGUCCAUGAAGCAGGCCAUCCUGUGCCAGCAGGAGGAUGAGCGCCAGGCCCACCUCAUGAUGCAAAAGGAAACCUAUGCCCAGCAGCAGCAGCAGCUAGAGCAAAUACAGAGGCUCCAGGAGCAGCUCCGAGCACAACUGGAGGAGCAGAAGUUCCGGAAGAUGUACCCGGGGGAGGUGUUGCUGGGGCAUGGCCAGCAGGAGGCAGUCGUCCUGGGGCCGGACGGCACCGAGCUGGCCCGGAAAAUCAUGGAUAGUGGGUGCCAGACAGACGACGAGGACAGUGUUGUCGAUAAAGCCUACACGGCGGGGAGGAAGAAGAGAAGCACGGCCAAGAAGAGCGUAGACAGCUGCGUGCAGACGGACGAUGAGGACCAGGAGGAGUGGGAGCCUGCUCGGGCCAGACGUAGCAGGCCUCGCACGUCAAGGGGGGACAGAGGCGGACAGACUUCCGAUAUGUCCAUUCAAGCUCACUCUGAGAUCUCCAUACAGACGGACUCUGCAGGUAAUGUAAGAAUGGACGCCAGGAUGGAGCUCUCCGACUCGGAAAGUCCACAUUGGGAAGACAAGAGACGGCCCACGCCCUUGGAGAUAGAACAGUCUGGCCACCUCAGAGCUGACCCCUCCUCACUUCAGGCCCCGCCCAAAUCCCCUAAUGUUCUCUACUCCCCCAUAUCCCCCUGCAUAUCCCCGAGCAAAUCCCUUGAGUUUGUGUCCUAUGAGAAAUCACUGGGUGAUACAAGCCCACAGAGAAUAAGAGGGAGUACUGAUCCGACCAAAGUCUCUCCAAUCGGCAGCCCCAAGGGACCUAAGGCCAUGCAGAGAUCCAUGUCCGACCCCAAGCCCAUGAGUCCCACUGGAGAGGAGAGGGCAUCAUCCAGUUUCCAGUAUGGCGACGGUUACUCUGGCAAAAGCUCGUCGGGCAGCACACCAACUGGCACCGGCAAGAAGGUGAAGAGGACCCUCCCCAACCCGCCCUCGGAGGAGGAGGCAACAGCCGCCGGCCAGACAGCCAACAGCACAGGCUCGGCCCGCCGUCGCAUGUGCCGCAACACCAACAUGGCGAGGGCCAAGAUCCUGCAGGAUAUUGACCGUGAGCUGGACAUGGUGGAGCGUGAGUCGUCCAAGCUCCGCCACAAGCAGGCGGAGCUGGACGAAGAAGAGAAGGAGAUCGACGCCAAGCUACGCUACCUGGAGAUGGGCAUCAACCGCAGGAAAGACGCCCUCCUCAAGGAGAGGGAGAAGAGGGAGCGGGCCUACCUGCAGAGCGUGGCAGAGGAUCGUGACUACAUGUCAGACAGUGAGGUCAGCAAUAUCCGGGAGACACGGAGCGGCCGUGGCAGUGGAGAAGAUGAAGAGAUGGGAAGUCACGGGCUGGAGCGCCCCAGGACGGCACCCCAGUCAGAGCUGGAUGAUUUUGUGCCACCACAGACCACACACGAGGCCCAGUACGGCACGUACUCCCAGUACCAGUACCCACUGAGCCAGACGCUGUACCAGCAGCAGUCACUCUACCAGUCCCCCCAGCCCUACCAGUCUCAGUCCAUCUACUCCUCAGUCCCCUCCCUGGCUAGCUCCCAGCAGCAGAGCUACCACCAGAUGCUCCUUCUCCAGCAGAAGGCAGCCAGGCAGGCGGCCCUGAUCCAAGAGUUGGACGCGUCGUCAAAGUACGAAGUCAUCAGCCGACAGCCCGACCCCGUGUCCUCUGCCUACAUGGGAGGGGUCAGGUACGACAAGUACGGUAACCACUUGGACCUCCGGGCCCUGGAGGUGGGGGGCAGUAUGGCUGGCAGCCCCAUGUCCAACGUGUCGGCCGACUCCUUCUAUGGAGACGUGGAGCACCACCACCACAGUCCACGAAGCUACAUCCUCCUAGAAGAUGCGGCAGAGCUGGCCAAGAGCUCCACGUGUCUGGCUUCAUCCAGCUACGCCCAGGCCGAGAAGGAGCUGGCUAAGGCAGAAAGGCUGUUGCGAAGAAGUGCAGCCGACUUGACCUCCACCGACUACCUGGGCUCCAGCUCCAGGCUCCACUCCGGGUAUGGAAAGACCCCAGAUGAUGAGGACUCCAUGGACGACCCCUACGAGCUGAAGCUCCUCAAGCAGCAGCUGAAGCAGGAGUUCCGGAGGAGCACAGGGGGAACAGAGAGCCUGGACCCGCUGACGGGUCUCUCCCACAACUACUACGGCACCCCCAGCUCGGGUGUCUCCUCCUCCCAGAGUUACUCCCAAAGACACUACCCCAAGACGGAGAAAUACAGCAUCAGCCGGCUGACCCUAGAGAAGCAGGCAGCCAAGCAGCUCCCAGCGUCCAUGCUGUACCAGAAGAACAAAGCCCCGCUGACCGACCCCAAAGUCUCCAAGUACUCCUCGAUGCAAGACAGCAGGAGUCUGGAGACAGACUAUACCAGCUAUUUAGGGUCCAGUAACGUUAGCGCCUCUCCCAGAUCCAGCCGGCUCCUUCAGGACGAGAUCACCUUUGGACUACGCAAGAACAUUGCAGAGCAGCAGAAGUACCUGGGCUCCACUUUGGGUGCCAACCUGGCUGGCUCGCUCAACUUCGGCCAGAGCCUGGCUUUGGACUCGACUUCCUACCCCAGUGGCAGCCGGUCACGGCCCUCUUCUAGGCCCAACUCCGUCUAUGGCCUGGAUCUCUCACUCAAACGGGACCCAUCCAGUUCCUCUUUGAGGCUCAAGGGGGACGGCGAGGCGGCCUCAGACAGCUACCAGAUGCCAUCAGGGCGUGCCAAGCCCACCAGCCUGCCCAUCGUGCAGGGCGGCCGGGGACGCAUCCCUAUCGUGGCACAGAACUCUGAGGAGGAGAGCCCGUUGAGUCCUGUGGGCCAACCUAUGGGCAUGGCGCGGGCUUCGGCGGGGCCCCUGCCACCCAUCUCGGCCGACUCACGGGACCAGUUUGGUUCGUGCCUCUCCCUGCAGGACUCCCAGCAGCAGCAGCACCUGAGGGACGAGCCAACGAGGGGGCGGGGCUACGUCUUGAUGGACGACCUCCAGUGCACUAUGUCGGACGGUGAAGCCCUAAGUGACUCCAUGCUGGCACUGAACAGAGAUGAUCCCCGACAAUCACAUGAGAAUAUCCCAAACGCCUACCACCUACGGCGAGAGGAAACGGACUGGUUUGACAAACCACACGAGGGACGACCAGAGAACGGACAAGGGCCGGACAGGAGACAGGGGAGGGGUGUUUACUACCCCUUUCCUCACACCAGAGUCAAACUGCAGAGGGAUCCCAAGGACCGCAGCGUGUCAGGGAAUGGAUUGGGUAUCAGAGUGGUGGGAGGUAAAGAGGUUCCAGGGACCAACGGAGACAUCGGAGCCUACGUAGCUAAAGUCUUACCUGGAGGAGUUGCCCAACAGACUGGGAAGAUACUAGAGGGAAUGCAGGUGCUGGAGUGGAACGGGCUUCCUCUGACGGGGAAGACCUACGAGGAAGUGCAGGGGCUUGUGGUACAGCAGUGUGGCGAGGCAGAACUCUGCGUGAGACUAGAUCUGAACAUGCUGGCUGACUCUGAGGGCUCUCAGCACCUUGAUCUCCCGGACCAGAGCAAACCAGGUGACAGACCCCCCAGGUCUCCGGGGGUGGAUCCGAAGCAGCUGGCUGCAGAGCUACAGAAGGUGUCCCAGCAGCAGGCUCCUCCACCUACCACCGCCACAUCCUCCUCCUCCACGACGGGGGGAGAGAAAGGACCCCACUCUGCCAUCUCAGGCGCCGCCUCGGCCGCCUCUAGCGCCAUCCAGAGUCCGGGCCAGCCGGGGUCGCCCUCCGUCAGCAAGAAACGCCACAGCAGCAAGUCUGCGGACGCAGUGAAGACACAAUCCCACCCUGUUACUGGAGAGAUACAGCUUCAAAUCAACUAUGACAAGCAGCUGGGGAACCUGAUUGUUCACGUGCUCCAAGCCAGGAACCUGGCCCCCCGAGACAACAACGGCUACUCCGACCCCUUCGUCAAAGUCUACCUCCUACCUGGGAGGGGUCAGGUCAUGGUUGUCCAGAAUGCCAGUGCUGAGAAUAAGAGGAGGUCAAAACAAGCUGGCCAGAGUCUGAACCCAGAGUGGAACCAGACUGUUAUCUAUAAGAACAUCCACCUGGAACAGCUGAGGAAGAAGCUGCUGGAGGUGAGCGUGUGGGACUACGACAAGUGCUCCUCCAACGACUUUCUGGGAGAGGUGUUGAUGGACCUGUCCAACACAGCUAACAUGGAUAACGUCCCACGCUGGCUCCCUCUGAAGGAACAGAGUGAGGGAGAGCACCACCGGCGCUCCCUUUCAGCACAGGGGCGCCAGCACUCCCCCAAGCCCCCCUCGCAGCACGCCUCCCCCAAAACCCCCGCCCACGGUAACCAGGACUCCCCCAAGCCCCCCUCGCAGCACGCCUCUCCCAAAACCCCCGCCCACGGGAAUCAGGACUCGCCCAAGUCGUCGGUCAUCAAGAGCCGGAGCCACGGGAUCUUCCCUGAUCCAGCCAAGGACACGCAGGUGCCCACUAUUGAGAAAUCUCACAGUAGCCCCGGCACAUCGAAGCCUUCCCCGUCCGAGGGCCACAGCCAACAUACGCCACGUGCGGCUCCACGUGCGGCGCCUCGCAAAAGUGCAAGGCAACACCAGCAGGAUGGCGACGGCGGUGUCGCUGUAGCAACGGGUGAAGCUCCGGCUCCGCAGCAACAGCACCGCCUCCAACCAAUCUCCUACCCCCCAGCCCAAAGAGGCCGCCUCUCCCUGAGGCACCACAGACACACCAUAGUGGGCGUGCUCACCAUUCAGAAAACCCAAUCCGAUUCGCUCCCCGCCUCGCCGGGCCCGGCAGCAUCAGCCAAUAGGAGCCAAGCAGACGGCAGACACAUGACCUUCAGGAAAGCCAUGUCUGAAGAGAGGCCACAGAGGGAAGGAGCACAGCCCGGCAGGUCCGGCGACGCUCCGGUAACAGCCGCCUCAUUGGACAGCGGUCUGAGUGGCAGUGCUUACAGCCUAUUGGAGGAUGAGGGUGGGACUAAUGCCGUGGACAGUGCCAUCUUCCAGGUCCCUCGGUUUGGGAAGAUUCCAAAUGGCACAGACGUGAUGAUGUCACCAAUGGGCCAUAUGGACUCUGAGGGUAAGACCCAGGUAAUGGGAGAGAUCAAGAUAGCUCUGAGGAAGGAGCUGAAGACAGAGGGAGACCAGCUGGUGUUGGAGAUUCUUCAGUGCAGAAACAUCACCUACAAGUUCAAGUCUCCAGACCACCUGCCAGACCUCUAUGUGAAGCUGUAUGUGGUGAACAUUGCGACCCAGAAGAGGAUCAUCAAGAAGAAGACCCGGGUAUGUCGUCACGACCGCGAGCCCUCCUUCAACGAGACCUUCAGAUUCUGCAUGAACCCCACCGGCCACUCUCUGCAGCUCUUCCUGGUGUCCAAUGGGGGGAAGUUCAUUAAGAAGACCCUGAUCGGAGAGGCCUACAUCUGGCUGGAUAAGGUGGAUGUGCGGAAGCGAGUGGUCAGCUGGCACAAACUGCUGGCUAGCUCUGCUCAGAUCCACUCCUAAAGAACCUACUGUUAACCUUGUCUAUUCUAUAGGCUCUUAACUCGCAGAGAGAAAGACGAGGAUGGCUAGGGCGCUCGAGUUUACUGUCUCCAUCACUGAUCCACUCUUUAUGAACCAAUUGGACAUACUCACAGGUCCACCAUUGGGGUCGGAGCAAGAACCGUUAGGGUGCGGGAGUUAGACAUCUCUUACGUAUCCUGUGGAUCUUGAGUUUUGGUGUCAAGGGUCAGGGGUCAGCGUUUGAAUUGCUUGAGCUGUGACUGGGGAUUGGGGAGAGAACCUUUGUUUGACAUGCAUUUGGCGAUAAGGGUAGUGGGUAGGAAGUAGGUAUGUGUUUACAGGAAAUUAACUUGUGUUUACAGGAAGUAGUGUAGCCAGGGGAGGGAGGACAUUGAGGCAACAAAGCAAGAACAGAAUCAACCAGGUAUUACACACACGCUCACACACACAGUCACAAACACAUUCAAACACAAAGAAAGAUGAUGGUAAGAGACUGACACAUUAAUACAGGGGAUGGACACGUUCAUAUUCUCUCAUUGCUUCAUUUGACUGGAGAUGUUUUUAUUUAUGAAUAACAUUAUAACUACCUGUGGUAUUCCCCUCAUGGCUUUGUAUAUUGUUAGAAGAGUUUAAUUCAUUUAUGAAGCAUUUUGGGAAUUAAAUGUUGAAGAUUUAUUCUAUGGAGAUUGCACCUCUUAUUUUUGUAUUAUAAUUAUGAUUAUUAGAGUUUUAUUGAUUAUUCUCCUCAAUUGUUUAAGUACUGAAUGAUGAAUGAAGAAUUUUGAAUCCAGGGACACAGUAUAUUUUGUGACAUAAUCUCACUUUAAUUCUAGUUCUCGAUUUGAAAUGAUUGCCUCAUCUGGCACAAGGUACAAAGCCCUUGGCAAGCAUGUUUUUACAUUUUGGGACAACAAUAUUUCCCCUUCUCUACUUUCUCUAGAUGUACAUUUAGAUGCUGAUAUAUCAGAUAUAUUAUAUUAACAUUGUUCUAAGUAUAAUUGGUGUGGUUUUAACAGACUGGGCAGUAUAGUGCACAGGGUCAUGUUUAUUAGGCACCAAAUGGAAUAAAACAGACUGAAACAAGGAGGGACUACCUGCUGUUGUCCAGGAAGAAAUGCUCAUUUUAGUUUUCAGUUGCAAAAUGUUUUAGGUUGGGUGACCUAAUGAACGUAACAGUGAAAAGUUGCAAUGUUGCCUAUGAGGUUGACUUUGUAUAUAGUUGAGUACACUGUCGCUGUGAGAGAUAAAACGAUAUAUUCUUAUCACAGACAAUCCGUUGUGGAUGAUUGUGGCUUAACAUAUUAUUUUUGGAAUGUGAAAUAUUGGGCACAGGUUUUAGCUGUGAUUCAAGCCUGUUUUUUCUCCUAGUAAGAUACACAGUGAACUGCUAUGCAUAAGACUAGCGUAGUUCUGACUUCUCCUUACAUUCACACAUUUGAAAUAUCUCUUCACAUGCACACUGUCAUGUUUUACUUAGCACUUUGUCAAGUUAGGGAAUGUAUAGAUGAAUAUACAGUAUGUCCCCACUCGUAGAUAAAUAUAAUAUAUAUAAGUAUAUCAAAUGAAUAUAUUAAAUAAAUUAUAUAGUAAUAUAUUAUAGUUAUAUAAUAUAGUUGACCAUACUUGAUGACCCUCUUGGCCUGUGUAUAGUAAAGUGUGUCCCAUGGUUCAUAUAUCAGGGUCCCCUCCAAACAGUUGUCUAUCUAUACAUUGAAUGGGUGGGGGAGUUAGUGGAUGCAGCAUGCUUUGGACUGUUUCUGUUGGUGUGUCUAUCUCCAUCACGUCUAGGUACUAACUAUCCUAUUGGGCUCUCUGUUUGUCUAUGGGGAGAGGUUGGUAGCUGGGGCUAUUGUUUGUAGAUGAGUUCAAUCAAAGUUGCUUUGAUUAAGAAAUGCUACAAUAAUUACAUUUUGGUAUGUUUGUCAUAGUCCUGGUGACACAUUUUUUUUGCUAUGGGCUGGUGUGCAUCUCUAAGCUACGAACCUGUGAGAUUUGAAGGUGUGUAACGUGGCUUUCAGUUGAAAGGACACACUCAGAGUGAUAUCCUGCCUAGGGUCAAGGUGUGAGGGCUGGUUGGUUUGAUAGUGACCUUUUGACCUUUGAUCUUUGCCAAACAUUGACCAAACACCACAGGUUCUACCCAGCUGAUUCUAUGCAACAUAGACUUUGUGUUGUGACUGUGUCUGAAUUAUCUGAGUCAAUCUAGAUUCUACAGUCUGAGUUAGCAAUGCAUUUUAGGGGACAAUGGGUUAUUCUGUUUAUGUGUUGUUCACAUGUAUAGUUUUUUUACUGCCUUCAAGUUUGGGAAUGAAUCAGAACAUAUAGCUCUUAAGAUUUGAUUUUUAUAAGUAUGCUUUCACAUACUGUUAAAUGCAACUUUAUUUAUUGCACAUAAACUGUUGUUUUCAUAUGUUUUUUACAUCCUCAAAUGUUAGAUGUACGGUACGUAGCUAAUUGGAAAGGUUUUUUGUUUUCAGCAAAAUUAUCCAGUGCUUUUAUUUCAACCCAGAAACUCAGUCUUCAGCCCAAUGUCCCAGCAGACUCUCUCUCUCACACACACACACACAGCACACGCACACGCACACGCACACGCGCACACACGCACACACGCACACACACACACACACACACACACACACACACACACACACACACACACACACACACACACACAGUAGUGACUCUUCACAUAGACUAGAAUCUAAGGAGACACUUUCUUGACAUCAGAGACGCAUUCCCAACAGAUUCUAGCUUUUCACACAGUUUUUACGCACCCCCACUUUUAAAUAGUUUUAUUUUUCCAGUAUAUAUGUAAUUUGAAAAAUGACCAAAAAAAGUUGAACAAUGUAAUGACUUGAUGUUCUAUCUAAAAUGGUUACCCACCUGAGAUGGAUCCUUUUUGAUACAAGCGUGCGUGAGUAGUUUCUUCAUACCACACCCAUGCAUGGCCAAGUCCUCCUGAAAGUGACCUCCCUUUCCAAUGUGUGUGGUCUAGCUAAGAUCUACACACACACACACACACACACACACACACACACACACACACACACACACACACACACACACACACACACACACACACACACACACACACACACACACACACACACACACACACACACACACACACACGGAAAUGCCAUCUCUUUAUUUCCUACCUUGUAAAUACAUAUAUUUUUUUUCUACAAGAGGAAACCAAUAGAUUUCCUUGAUAUCUGACAUGAACUCAUAUGAUCACGGGAUGAAAACACAAGCAGUAUGUUACUCUCUUGACAUGGCAGAAUACCUACAGGAGUUAGAUGGAGGAAAGACCUUAUAAACCCUUACACCGGACACAACAGAGUUUUAUCAGAGUAUACAAACACAGACACACCUUAUCUUAUCAACUCAAGUAGUUGCAGGAGAAAAUGUGCUCACAACAAUGGAUGUUGCAUGUUUAGUUGGUGGUUCGUUCAUACUAUUUUUGUGUCCAGAAAUUCUAUUUAAAAAGAAAGAUAGACAGAGAGAUCAAACGUUACGAGGGGAACGAAAUUCUGAAGAAUAAUUCUCAGAUUAUUUAAAGAUGUAUGCUGACUGUACAAAGAUUAUGCUUGUAAAAUCCGUCUGGUUUUCCACUUCUAUGUAAACAGAAAAAUCUAAUGUCAUGGUUUUGUGAUUGUACACAGGAGGUAUUGAUAAAUUAUGCAAAUUGUGCUGUAAAAACAACGGCUGUUGCCCCAUGUCUAAAUAUUAAAUAUCUGUACAAAGAAAACAA